UUUAUUCCCUUUGUUAGAGCAUUGAGACCGUCUCAGUAUAUAGAUAGCAUACUCUCCGUUGAUACGCUGUUUUUCUUGUGCAUCUGACUCAGUGGCUACUAUAUCAACUGUCGCCUACAUCUUGGGUUGAAUGAGAUAGCGUUCUGAAGAUACUCUGAUAAAUGCCAGGUAGUAAUGUCCUGUCAAAAAAUAAGAACGUUUAGCCAUGCGUUAUUGCAGAAAAGUAAGUCAGCUUCGCUUUGCAAAGUUUUAAAAACGUCUGUUGCGUAUUGUGGUAACGUGGCAUCUAGAGGUCCGACCACCCAAAUAGGAAAAUGCUGCGAAGAUGGUCAAAGUUGUGGAUCAAAUUCAGGUAUCCAGCCUGCAGGGUCCCCAGCCAUCCCAACUUCUUCAUCACCCGCAAAUCACAGACAAGUCGCGGGCAAGAAACGUAAGGAGGUGUCGCAGACAUUGUCUGAAAGGGCAUUCACUACAGCACCCAAGAUUGACUCCAAGACUUACCUUUGGUCAAGGUAUAAUGAGAUGAAACGACUUGUGCACGAUUUGAUUCCUCCAGGUGUAUGUAACUUACUGAACCCCUCCAUCAUCCAUGCCAACAAUGAGGUUGACUUGGACAAAGUAGAAAUCUAUGGCUUUGAUUAUGACUACACACUUGCUUUGUACUCCAACACUCUUGAUACAAUGAUCUACAAUACAGCUCGAGAAUUCCUUGUCAAACACUACAAGUAUCCAGAGGGCAUUGGCAAGUAUGACUAUAUUCCCAACUUCGCUGCACGUGGUCUCCACUAUGACAUUCAGAAGGGACUGUUGAUGAAAAUUGAUGCCUUCCAUUACAUCCAGCUGGGGACUGUAUACAGGGGUCUGAAGCCUGUCCCAGAUGAGGAGGUUUUGGAGCUCUACGGUGGAACUAACCAUGUCCCUCUUGAGGAAGUCAGUGGCUUCUAUGGAAAGGGUCCUGUGAUGAAGCAGUUCAUGGAUGUUUUCUCCAUCCCAGAGAUGACUCUCCUGGCUGCUGCCAAUGACUACUUCAACUCCAAUGACAUUGAAUAUGACCCUGGUCAUCUCUACAAAGAUGUUUCGGAUGCCAUUGGAAUGGUGCAUAUCAAAGGCUACAUGUACAAGUGGAUAAUGCAAGACUUGGAGAAAUAUAUCCUCAGAGGAGAUGAGACAUAUGCAGUUCUGCACCGUCUGGCCAGCCAUGGCAAGAAGCUCUUCCUUAUAACCAACAGCCCAUUUAGCUUUGUAGACAAAGGGAUGAAAUACAUGGUAGGAAAGGACUGGAGGGACUUAUUUGAUGUUGUCAUUGUUCAAGCUGACAAACCACACUUCUUCAACAGCCGUGGCAAACCUUUCAGACGUUUGGAUAGCAACGGGGACCUUCAGUGGGACAAGAUCAAGAGCUUGGAUAAGGGCCAGAUCUACAAACAAGGCAACCUGUUUGACUUUCUCAGGCUAACAGGAUGGAGAGGAUCCAAGGUGCUGUACUUUGGAGAUCAUCUGUACAGUGACUUGGCAGACCUGAUGCUGCGUCACGGCUGGCGGACGGGGGCCAUAGUGCCGGAGCUGGAGGUGGAGACCAGGAUUGUGAACACAGAGCAGUAUGCCCAGGGCCUCACCUGGCUGCAGGCACUCACCGGUCUGCUGGAACGCAUGCAGAUGCAUCGAGAUCCAGAGUCAAAGAAAGUUCUGCAGGAUUGGUUGAAGGAGAGAGAAGAGCUUCGAGCUGUGACCAAGAACCUGUUCAACCCUCACUUUGGCAGCAUUUUCCGCACCUGCCACAACCCCACCUACUUCUCUCGUCGCCUGUGCCGCUUCUCUGAUGUCUACAUGGCGUCCAUCAGCUGUCUGCUGAACUACGACCUCUCCUACACCUUCUACCCUCGUCGCACCCCCCUGCAGCAUGAGGCGCCCCUGUGGAUGGACCAGCUUUGCACUGGCUGCAUGAAGACUCCCUUUCUGGAGGAGAUGGCUCACAUCCGCUGAGAGGGGCUCCGAGAUCUCACAAACCGCAAACUGAAUAUGAAGAUGCAGGAACUGAGGCUAAGCCGAGAGUAAGGAGGCAUGGUGGACAACACCGAACAGGUUAAAGGUCUGCAUGGAUCAAGAGUGCCACCUGCUGGGUUGUUGUAUGCCAGUAAGCCUACAGUAGUAUCAAAUCAAAAUAUCUAUCCUAUUCAAGACACCCAAUAUCACUUGGUUGGCCGGGACAUUUGAUGGAUUUAGGUUAGUUAAGGUUGUAACUUGUUAUCCACACCAUGUACAAACGUAUGUUUUUGAUAUCUGUUACAUGAUUACUUUUUUUUUCUCAUUUUUAACCAUGUAAUUGAAUCACUGUAAUGGAAUGACGUCUUAUAAUGACAUACAGUAUCUUAUGACCGCAUCAGUUUGAGUUUUGAGUAAUGGGUCUUAAUUAUUAGAAUGUUUUACAAGUAUGUUUUAAGUCAUUGGUGUUACCGCCUUGAAAGUCACUCAUUACAAAGAUGUACAAGGACCUUGAGCAUUCUCUUCAGUGGCAAACUGUUAUCGGGGAGGGGCCUAUAUUAAAGAAAAUGAUUAGCUAAUCAAACCCUUUUUUGAAUGUCAUAAAUGUGAAGAUUGAUAAUGUUGUGUUAAAAUAAAGUGUCAUUGGUG